GUUGGAUCUCCCACAAAUGGAUUGCAGUUGGGGUGUUACUUUCAUAUUACUUAUAACCUGUGAGGGCAGAAGAAGAAAAUCAGAGUCUGCUUACUCAGAAGAGCAACAGGCAAUGGAUCCCAAAUACCAGAGGGUGAAGCUUAAUGAUGGCCACUUCAUUCCUAUCCUAGGCUUUGGAACCUAUGCACCUGAGGAGGUUCCUAAGAGUGAAGCUCUGGAGGUCACCCAAUUGGCUAUAGAGGUUGGGUUUCGCCAUAUUGACUGCGCUCAUUUGUACCAAAAUGAAGGGCAAGUUGGACAAGCUAUUCGGAGCAAGAUUGCAGAUGGCACUGUGAAGAGAGAAGACAUAUUCUACACUUCAAAGCUUUGGUCCACUUUCCUUCAACCAGAGUUGGUCCGACCAGCCUUGGAAAAGUCACUGAAAAAUGUUCAACUGGACUAUGUCGAUCUCUACAUUAUUCAUUUUCCACUGGCUCUGAAGCCAGGAGAGGAACUUUUUCCAAAAGAUGAAAAUGGAAAAAUGAUAUAUGACUCAGUAGAUCUCUGUCGCACGUGGGAGGCCCUGGAGACAUGUAAAGAUGCAGGGCUGGCCAAGUCCAUCGGGGUGUCUAAUUUCAACCACAAGCAGCUGGAGAAGAUCCUGAACAAACCCGGGCUCAAGUACAAGCCUGUCUGCAACCAGGUAGAAUGUCACCCUUAUCUCAAUCAGAACAAACUGUUGGAGUUCUGCAAGUCACAUGAUAUUGUUCUUGUUGCUUAUGGUGCUCUGGGAUCCCAACGAUUGAAAAAUUGGGUGAACCCGAACUACCCUAUUCUUUUGGAGGACCCGGUUCUUUGUGCCAUUGCCAAAAAGCACAAGCAAACACCAGCUCUGGUUGCCCUUCGCUACCAGAUACAACGUGGGGUUGUGGUUCUGGCCAAGAGUUACAACAGGAAGCGGAUCAAAGAGAACAUGCAGGUUCUCGACUUUGAAUUGACUCCGGAAGACAUGAAAGCAAUUGAUGGCCUCAACAGUAACAUACGAUAUUAUGAUUUAGUCUUCCUUGCUGAUCACCCUGACUAUCCAUUUUCUGAAGAGUACUGAUUGUGAG